UGGGCUCAAGGGACUGUGCGACAGUCAGCGUAUUCUUGGUGCGCUCGAGAAACAGACCCACAAUCUCAUGAUCGCGUCGCUGUGCAAGUCGCGAUCAAUUGCGGGGAGCUGAUUGCUCCGAGGGCUGCUGCACAUCAAGGUGUAUCGGGAUUUCACUUUCUUGCAUCGAUUCGAUCCGCGAAAGUUGUGACCCGGAGAAUUAUGGGGUUCUGCAUUGCUGCAAGAAGCAGCAAAGAUAACAUUCUGUGUUUAUUGAGGAGAUCAGGCGACCUAGCUCGACACCUGAGGACACCAUAUUCUCAUUUUCCAAACUCUUCCACACCUCUGACUAGGAGUGGAAUUGUUGCUCCGAGAUGUAGCGGUUUGAGUCCAUUUUAUUCGAUUUCUUUUGCUUCCACUUCGGUCGUCAAUCAAACCAAAGCUUCAGGAAUUAUUUUCAGGCGGAGUAUGUGGGGGUCGCGCAUGGAGUCGACGAAGAAUACGAUGAAAGAGCUGGAGUGGAUGAGACCGAGGGGUCGGAUUGUGGGGCCUUUUGGCGGCUCUGGCAUCAGACACUUCGGGGGCGGUGGUUACGCUGGUCCUGAGUUGGCAUUGGGACUGCUGAUCGGCGCUAAUGUUGGCAUCUUUUUUCUCUGGCGAAUUUUGAGUCCCACAUUUAUGCAGUCAAACUUUGUGGCCUCUGCUGCAGCUCUGAGGUCCGGUCGCUUGCACACUCUAGUGACGAGUGCAUUUAGCCAGUACGAACUACAUCACUUGCUCUCGAAUAUGAUUGGUCUCUACUUUUUUGGUAACGAGAUUGCUAGAAUAUUUGGCGGUCAAAAACUCAUCUUGCUCUACUUGACUGGUGGCGUUGUCGGAUCACUUUCCCAUAUGGCGUACUGGGCAUAUCUGAAACCAUGGUUUGAGGGUUAUCCGUCAAGACGCACUCAAUAUUCACCCGGAUUGCUGGGUUCGAGUGGGGCAGUUAACGCGAUCAUGCUCCUAGAUAUUCUUCUGUUCCCAAAGCGGAUCAUUUACUUCAACAUGAUCCUCCCAAUUCCUGCCGCUCUAUUUGGACUCGUAAUCAUCGGCUCCGACUUAUGGGCAGCCACUGACGGGAAUAAGCAUGGAACUAGCCCCGCUGCUCACCUGGGAGGAGCUGUUACAGGAUUCAUCGCUUUUUUGAAAUGGCGGCUCUGAGCCAUUUUGGGUAUGGCCGCUUCAGGUGAAGUGUUGGGUCUACAGCCCGCUCUGAGUCUUUCUGCUCUGAGCUAUUUCUGCGAUGAAGGACUUUCACAGUACUGUAAUGCAUCUGUCAUUAUCGUAUGAUAUGAGAUGUACGUGGUGAGAAGUGAAGAAUACUUUCCUUGUUCUUUAAAACCCUGUGAUCAUCCGUCUCGAGAAAACAAUACUUUGCUUCAUAUUGACUAAUGCUAGAGCUGUCUACACAGGAUGUUAGAUGAUAGUAGAGUUCGUGUGACGUGUGUUCGAACUCCAUUAGUCAAUGCACUAGUAACAUUACGUGAAAGGGACCAAAGAUUCAAUGGAGGGUAUUGCGUUUCGAUAAGGACACAACCGGGCUUACUUUUUACCGGAUGUUUUCAUUCUCCACUACUUAAUACAUAAAUUACACUUAUCACUCGG